CUCCUCCCGCCAUAAAUGACCACUCCCUCCCCGCCGCCGCCGCGGCCACCGCCGCAAGAGCACGCCGCCCGCGACAAGAGGCCACACCACCCGCUCGUCGCCGCGGCCGCGGCCGCCUCCCUCCUCGCCUUCCUCUACCUCCCCCGGCCACUAAUCCUGUUCAUCUUCUCCCCCGCCUCGCUCUCCUCCCUCCUCCUCCUCCUCUCCCUGCUCCGCCUCGGCUCCGCGCCGCCUUCUCCCUCUCCCUCCACUCCCUCUCCCCCUCCGCCGCCGGAGCAGCAGCAACCUCCGGUGGUCGCGCAUCCGCCGCCGCCGCCGUCGCAGGAGCGCGAGAGCGUGUUCCCGGAGCAGCCCCCCGAGUUCGCGUCGUGGGCGGCCAAAGGGCGCGCCCUGGAGGUGAUCCACGAGGAGUUCGAGGCGGAGUGGGGGCGGCCGGAGGAGAUGGGCCUGGCGUGGGCGUCCGACUCCGACUCCGACACCGACUCGGACAGCGGCAGCGGCAGCGACGACGGCGGCCAGGAGGAUGGGAUGAUCGAGAUCGAGCUGGAGGAGGACAGCCUCAUCGAGAUCGACAUCUCGAGGUGCCGGUGACGGAUCGACUGCAUGCCCGGACAAGCGCAUCGCCUUCCUUUUUUUUCUUGGGGAUUAAUUCUUGGUUCUUAGGUUGGCUUCUUGACAAAACUUUUGCUGAUUGCGAAGGAGCAUAGUGCUGGAUGGCAGAGCCGCAGGGAGCGGCUGAGCCCACCGGGGUUCGAUCUUCCGGUGUCGCACGCUCCCAUCUGGUCUUCAAAGAAGAUCCCAGGAAGGGAGCCCGGUUCUUAAAAAAAAUCAUGUACUUUUGUUGAUUAGGCGUGUGGAUUGGAAGUUCUUGAGUCCAUUUAUCUAGGAUUCUAGAUGGCUUGCUGCAAUGUACAUAUUGGAUGAUGAGAUACUGAGCGAGAAGCUUUGGCUGCUUUCAUUCUCUUUUCUUUCAAACGGAUUGAUUUGGUUAUUUGAGAUGCCGA